GCCAUUUCUUAUUCCUCAAUGCAUUCACAGUCACCUAGUCUUAUGCCUUCGCAGUCACACAAUUGUGCCUCAAAAUUUUUGUGUUUGAGAUUGCAUUAAUUAAUAAAAACUUUCGAGGACAAAGGAUCCUUGGCCUCUGUAAACAAUCAUAUAAAAAGAGAGACACCCUUGAACCUAUUUCUUUUUUCAGAAUCUUCUACAGAAUUAUUUUGUUGUUUCGGUUAACUUUCGUAAACAGGAAAAGCAGAAGAGCAUAAUACUCCGUAAGCACUGGCAAUCAACUGGGAGUUUCUUACUGGCAUCCUCUUUCUCCAUGGGCUUCAAACAGUGACAACUUUUCCAGCAUAAAUAAUAUUCCCCCCAUUAGCAAUUCCCACCACCAAUUCAGACUCCAGAAAAAUUGAGGUUGGGUUCUAGGCUUUUUCUUUCUUGCUCUUGGAUUUUGGAGAAAAAGAGGGUAGCACCAGAGCCAAUUAUGAUGAGCACAAAUUCCUUGAGCAAAUCUGGAACAUUUCUCCUCAAAAAGUAUCCUUCAAUGGAACUACUCGAAACCUCUGCUCAACCCACAACAAACAUCCCAAAAAAGACCUUUUCGUUCGAAUUCCCGACCUCCCCUGAACCUAGUUACCAAGAAGAAAUAGUUCAUAUCAGUCACCAGCAGCAUCCCCUAGCAAAAAUGACACUCCCUGAUCUCUUUACUUGCACAGGCUGCAAGGAGUACGGUGCAGGCAAGAGGUUUGCGUGCCAACAAUGUGAUUUUCAGCUACAUGAAUUUUGCGCCUUGUCUCCUCCAUCUCUCAACACUCACCCCCUCCAUGGCCAACACCAACUCCUCUUCCGCUCCAAAUCCAAAUCAGGUGGAAUUGGUUGGCCAAGCUGUGAUGUUUGUGGGAAGGCAACAAAGGGAUUUACAUUCCGGUGCAGCGCCUGUAGCUUCCAGAUGCAUCCAUGUUGUGCAAUGCUUUCUACUCAAGUCAACUUUUCAAUCCAUCCACACUCCUUGAAGCUCCUACCGGCUAUGACUGCUUCAAGUGGGGAGUCUGGUUUUGUCUGCGGUGAGUGCAAGAGGAAGAGGUCAGGUAGAGUGUACGGUUGCACGGUUUGCUGCGAUUACCAUCUCCAUGCAGUUUGUGCAAAGGACAUGAUUAACGGGCUACAAGCCAACGGAAUAAAGGGCCCAGUGAAGCCCAGCAUGCUUGGAGCUGCAGCACGUGUGGCGUCUCUUGUCAUCGUAGAAUUUAUUGGUGGCCUUAUCGAUGGGAUUGGGGAAGGUGUUGGACAAGCAAUCGUUCAGAAUAUAAGAGGAAGGUGCGUUGGUAGUAAUAGAAGAAGAAGAGAAACACCAACAAUAGAUCAGGGAUGAAUAAAUACUCGUAGCUCUAAUAGUAACCUGUUCUUAAUUCAUUACGCUUGUAGUAUGUGUCCUCAAAAUAAAAAUUCGGAGUGUUUGAAGCAGAACAACUAUGUUCUCACUCUUGUAUUGAAUAAUUUUGUGUAGAUGAAGAGGUUUCUUGGCUACAUCGGGGAGAAGAUGGAGGUUGGUUGAUAUUGAGGGUGGCAUGCCAAAUUGUGACGUGUAUCUGCUUAUAAACAUGUAUUGUUAUGUGUAUUGGAAGUAUGGUUGUCUGUGCUUGUA